AUGAGUUCGGCCAAAAAACGUAAAUAUAAUGAUGAUUAUAUUAAAUACGGUUUUGUUGUUAUAAAAAAAGGUGAUAUCGAUCAUCCGCAGUGUGUUAUUUGUUAUGAGGUAUUGAGCAAUGACGCCAUGAGACCCUCUCGUCUGGAACGACAUUUGUCUACAAAACAUAGCAGUUUAAAGGACAAGCCGAAGGAGUUUUUCGCAUCAAAAUCUGCGAGCUUGAAACGUAUAAAAUUGGAUAGUACUGGAUCUUUUGCGAAAUCGUCCGAGAAAGUGCUUCAAGCUUCUUAUGAACUAUCGCUUAUCAUCGGAAAGGCAAAGAAAAGUCAUACUAUCGGAGAAUCACUUAUUAAACCUUGCUUGUUAAAAACAGCUGAUAUCAUUCUGGGACCAGAAAUUAAACAAAAAUUUUCGCAGAUACCCCUCUCUGACAAUACUGUCAAACGUCGCAUUGAUGAUAUGGCUGAAGAUAUAAAAAAACAAGUAGUAGAGGCCGUGACAGAAUCAACAUUUUAUGCAAUACAGUUGGAUGAGAGUACCGAUAUAGCACAAUGUUGUCAACUUUUAGUUUUCGUUCGAUACAUGCAAAACGAAACAAUAAAAGACGAAUUGUUGUUUUCUACAGAAUUAACGACUACCACAAAAGCAAUUGAUAUAAUGACAGCAGUUUCUGAUUUUUUUGCGAAACACGAACUGUCGUGGCAAAAGUUAAUGGGUGUUUGCACAGAUGGUGCACCGACAAUGCUUGGGUCUCGCUCAGGUUUCAUAUACCGUCAAGCCCUGGCGGCCAAGACACUUUCAAAUGAAUUCAACGCUAUUUUAACAUUAUGCAUAAAAAUUGUCAAUUAUGUUAAAAGAGUGCUUUGA